CCCCCCUCUCCUCCCCCCCCCUCUCCUCCCCCCCCCGCUUCUCCCCCCCUCUCCUCUCCCCCCUCUCCUCCCCCCCCCUCUCCUCCCCCCCCUCUCCUCCCCCCCCCUCCUCCUCCCCCCCGCUCCUCUCCCCCCCUCUCUCCCCCCCCCCCCCCCCCCCCCCCCCCCCCCCCCCCCCCCCCCCCCCCCCCCCCCCCCCCCCCCCCCCCCCCCCCCCCCCCCCCCCCCCCCACCCCCCCCCCCCCCCCCCCCCCCCCCCCCCCCCCCCCCCCCCCCCCCCCCCCCCCCCCCCCCCCCCCCCCCCCCCCCCCCCCCCCCCCCCCCCCCCCCCCCCCCCCCCCCCCCCCCCCCCCCCCCCCCCCCCCCCCCCCCCCCCCCCCCCCCCCCCCCCCCCCCCCCCCCCCCCCCCCCCCCCCCCCCCCCCCCCCCCCCCCCCCCCCCCCCCCCCCCCCCCCCCCCCCCCCCCCCCCCCCCCCCCCCCCCCCCCCCCCCCCCCCCCCCCCCCCCCCCCCCCCCCCCCCCCCCCCCCCCCCCCCCCCCCCCCCCCCCCCCCCUCCUCCCCCCCCCCCCCCUCCCCCCCCCCCCCCCCCCCCCCCCCCCCCCCCCCCCCCUCCCCCCCCCUCCCCCCCCCCCCCCUCCCCCCACCCCCCCCUCCCCCCCCCCCCCCCCCUCCCCCCCCCCCCCCCCCCCCCCCCCCCCUCCCCCCCACCCCCCCCCCCCCCCCCCCCCCACCCCCCCCCCCCCCCCCCCCCCCCACCCCCCCCCCCCCCCCCCCCCCCCCCCCCCCCCCCCCCCCCCCACCCUCCCCCCCCCCCCCCCCCCCCCCCCCCCCCCCCCCCCCCCCCCCUCCCCCCUCCCCCCCCCCCCCCCCCCCCCCCCCCCUCCCCCCCCCCCCCCCCCCCCCCCCCCCCCCCCCCCCCCCCCCCUCCCCCCCCCACCCCCCCCCCCCCCUCCCCCCCCCCCCCCCCCCCCCCCCCCCCCCCCUCCCCCCCCCCCCCCUCUCCUCCCGCCCCCCUCCCUCCCCCCCCCUCUCCUUCCCCCCCCUCUCCUCCCCCCCCUCCUCCUCCCCCCCCCUCCCCCCCCUCUCCUCCCCCCCCCUCUCCUCCCCCCCCCUCUCCU